GAUUGGUUGCUAUGGGCAACUGCACCACUCUUCCUCUACACAGGUUUGGAUAAAUCUCCUCCAAUGACGGGAGAUAGAGAAGAGAUUUUGGGUCAUUCUGAAAUGCUGGUGCCAGGUCACUGCAGCACAGCCCCCAUUCAAUUUAAUGGAACUAAGAUUUGACAGCAGUGGAUAGACCAUAAAUGUAAAUGUCCCAGAAAACCACUGGAAAAUCUCUUUAAUAUAUAUGAUAACUGCCUCUUCAAUGUUCAGCAUCUGCCACCCAGGAGGAGACGGAGAAGACGGAGGACCAGCCAAAGGAGGAGACGGACGGCGAGCCAAAGAAGAAGAGGGAGCAGACGGACAACAACCGCAGGGAGACCACUGAUGACGCCAUCCUACAGCCGGAGGAACGAGCCGCUUUUUACAGACUCCUGGUAUCUCCUGGCCAUGGUCCUCAUCUACUUCCGAAGAGCCAACCUGCGUACGGAGGAAUAUAACACCUACUUCUUUCCAGCGCUGUUUCUUGCCAACCAGUUUGAAGAGGAUGAGAUGUUUCGACGCGAGAUCUACCCCUGGGCCCUUGGACCGAUGUGGACGGCGAUGAAGACCUGGAUGCUACACCUGCGGAACCUGCUGCUCCUCCGGAUGAGAUUCCACGCUUGGGUGACCAGAGACACCUGUGAUCGGAUCAUGGCACAAGACCCCGAGUACUGGGCAUGGAAGAGAGAGCGUAAGGAACAUCACGGCUGGGCCAUACGCUGGUACCGGAGGGAUCCUGGAGAAUACAUCCCGAGAGGCCCAUGGUGGAUCCCUCCCGCCUGCUCCAUCUGUAUCACCGAUCUGCAGCCUUGUGCCGGGGAAGAGAACACCAAGCGAAGAAGGACGAAGAAAGAAGAACAGAACGGAUGAAGACCAAGCCACCCUAGAUGUAUUCUUAAGGUCACGUUCCCACUUGGCAUAUACGUAGCGUAUU